AUGUGUGGGUCGUUCCUUCAUCCUUUGACGUGCGGCUUUGCGCGAGGAGUUGCUUGGCAAGUGUCAGCGCAAGUAGGCGCAGAUGAAAAUCUAAAGUGCGAAGAGAACGAGACACGAAAGAAUUAUCUUGUGCGCUUGCUGCGAGAGAGAUAUGAUCGCUUUACUGUCAUAUUCCAAUGUUACAAGGAGAAUUUUACCGUUGACUUCAAGCGCUUUCAGUCAAUUUUCCCACCACUUCGCGAGAAAUUUAGUCGAUGGAAUCAUAGAAAGAUCGCAGAGCGCAAUCAAUACACCGCGAUGUUCAACAUCGAAGCUUGGAAUAAACUUUCUCCGGCGAUGCAAGUUAAACAUACAUUCCAAAAUUGUAAGCAAUGUCAGCUGAAAUACAGUCACAUACAAGUUUUAUUUCCUACCAAAUGCAAGAGGUUCACCGGUUUAAUGAAGGAGAACAAUCCCAAAGUCACGAACAAAGCCAUUAAAGUCCAACUGCCAAGUCAACCAGGGAGUACCACUCUCCGUGAAGCAGGUGAGACUGCAAAGUCUUUAUACGACCAGGUGAACCCCAUGUUUGAAAAGAUCACUGGACAUUCCCUUGUUAAAGCAUUGACCAAAGUAAAAGAUCUCAAUAUUGAGGAGAAGAAGUCUAAAGCUGAAAAAAAACGAACAGUAAAAAAUAAUUAUAGAAAAUUCAAGGAAGCAGUAGAAACAGAAUGGGAAAAUACAUCUUUUAUCAGGUAUCUAAAAAUAAUCAAAUGGGUAGCUGGGAUGACUAAUGCAUAUAUACAGUAGGUAAACCAAUAAGCCGGGGUAACCAGCAAGAUACCAUAUUCAUCCGGGGUAACUGGACCCCGUGGGGUAGCCAUAUAUAUCAUACCCAGAUAUAUCAUAGACAGCCAUGGUAACUGGUCAUGUAAAACUAUCCAGCUGGGGUAGCUAGAUCUCAUAUCAAGCCGGGGUAACCAGAUAUAUAUAAUACCUAGCCAUGGUAUCUAGAUAUAAUACCGGGCCAGGGUAGCUGGAUAUGAUACCCAACCGGGGUAGCUAUAGAUAUCAUACCUAGCCAGGGCAGCUAGAUAUCAUACCCAGCCAAGGGUAGCUAGAUACCCAGCCAGGGUAACUAUAAUGUGACUCAGAGGUAAAAAAUAUCCAGCCAGGGUAUAGGUAUAGUGAGAUAUCAUAUCCGGCUGGGGUACCUAAUCCUGUAAAAAUAUACAGUCGGAAUAUCUAGUGAGAUAUCAUACCCAGCCUGUGAGCCGGGGUAACUAAUAGUCUAUAGUGAGGUAAAAGUAUCCAGCUGGAGUAGCUGGUGAGAUAUCAUUAGUGAUAAUGAAAUAUAAUUGUAUUUAAUAGAUGCUUUGGAAAUCGACAAUCAUUAGCAGGAAGACAAAGGGAAAGAUUAACAAUGUGUUUUGAGAGUAAAGAAGAUGCAGCUGAACGCAAAAGGGAGCAGAAACAACAAGGGAAGCAGAAAAGUCCUGUUGGCAAGUUUGCUAACAUGGAAUGGGAUAAGCAAGGGAUGAAAGAUGAAGUUAAUAGUUAUGGAGAUGACACUUUGGUCAACUGGUCUGAGUUAGCAAGACGAUUCCAAAUCAAAAACAAAACUGGAGAGUUAGCUCAAAACGGUGGUCAAAUUGCUAUGGAGUGGCUGAAGUCGGAAGGAGUUAAUGUGGAAAGAUUUGAGAAAAGAAGAACAGAAUGUAAUGAGGGCAAUAUAAGAAAAAAAUUAAGAAGAGGUGCAGGUGGUGAAAUCACUGUUCCAUGUCCUGAAACCAAUGGAAAAGUGCUGAAGAAAUUGCAAGAAAAAGUUUUGUCAGGCGAAAUCAAUGUUGGGGAGCUAAUAGUGCCAAGAAAGGUAAUUAAAUCGCAAUAGUUAUAUAAAAUUAUCAGGUUUUAGACAUUUUAAAUAACUGGAAAUUAUUUCAAAAAAUAUUAAAAUAUUAAUAUACCACUGAAAAUCAAUUCAAAUAUACUGUACCAGUAGUCAGAUUUAUGUACAGUAGUAAUAAUUAAUAAAAGGAAAUUAUAGUUUAGAGAUUGCAAUAGUUUUUGUGAUUCUUAUUCCUAAAUACUGGUAUUGAAGUAGAAGAGCUAGUACUGUAAAUGUUAAUAAAAUAGUAAAGGUUCACAGUAGAUUUAAACUGUUUGCAUUUUACCUGUGAGCUAGUUUUAAUUAAAAUCAAAUAAUCUUUCAUUCUUGUUUAGUAUGAGAAGCUAGUGCUCAAAGAGGAUGGUUCAAUCGAGAAGUCUUCCUUUUUUGUGGAAGGACGCAAAUGCCCACUGGUUGAGAUCAGGAGAAGAAAGCUACACGAGUUGGAGAAAUAUAUGCGAAUUAAUGAUAAAAAAGAUGUGGAUAGCAUGAGUGUGACAGAAGUUGAGAACGGGUUGACAAUGCUGAAUGAGAGAAAAGAGGGUGAGGAUGAAAUAGAGAUGAGAGUGCGGCUAAGGGUAAUGGUAAGAACACGGCAUCUACUAGUAUGGCAUGACCUAUCUACAGUAGCGAACCAUUCUCACCUUGUCUUUAUGGCAACCUGCUUAUAUGACCAAGCCAAAUUCUACACCAACAGUGAAUAUGAAGCCAUCACUGAGAAAAAAGUAAAUAUCCAGUCAUUAGUUGAAGCACUAAGUCUGUACAUUGUAGCAAGGUCCUCAUCCUGUGAUGAAGAUCAAUUAUGUUACAUUGAGACCAGACUUGACUGUUUAGAGGAACUCUCAGACCCCACUACUACAACCACUGGUGUACCUGUUGCAGACAAGAUAAGGUUUUCCCACGGUGACAGUCCUUCUCGUCAAUAUGAAGCUGGUCAACAGAAAGGUGGGAAUUUCUACUGUGCCAUGUGUGGUGCCAAUGCUCAUCGGGUGCAUGAACUUGAUUAUGUGUUUCGUUGCCCACAUGUAUCACUGGAGGAUCGACAACAGUUGGUGUUUAAAGGUCCACAUGGUAAAGCAAAUUCUUUGGCAAAGUCAAAUAAACCUUUCCAUGGAUUAACAAAACCCAACUUGAUCAGGGAGUUGAAUGCCAGAUCAAUCUACUGUAUGAAGGAGAAAAAAAGAAAGAAUUAGAGGAUCUCUUGAAGGAUGAGCUGCAUGGAGUUCAAAGAGUACCAGCCCUACUUUUCACCAGUCCCAAUAAAACCUUAGAGUCAAUUAACUGUGCUGGUUAUGAGAUUCUAGGUUUUGAACCCCUCCACGACAUUGGGAAGCAUAUCGAAAAUCUAUUUUGUGAGCUACCAGACCAUCUGCCAACCAAUGAAGCUUCUAAGUUGAAGGCUAUUCUUCAAUUGUGCAUUGGGGGGAAAGACACAAAGCGAACCAUUGAUUACCGCUGUGCUUUGAUUGUUGUUUCAAAUCAGCUUAGAGGCUCCGUUAAUCCAAAGGUUCAAUUGUUGCUUGACACCCUUGUUGAAAUUCAAGAAGUAGCCUACAACUCAGAAGAGCACAGAACACCACGAUCAGUUCUGAGAUUUCAUAACCUUAUCUGGCGUCACGCAAUGUUGUGCAGGUCAGUUAUCGGGUUUUCCCUGAAGCAAAUGUCAACACGAAAGUUUUACGGUAACUACUUCCACAACAUUCCAGCACAUGCACCAAUCCAGAACAGAUUGAUAAGCGGCCGAUCUGCAAACACCGAAGAACAGGAACGAGUAUUCACUAGCAUCAACAACAUAACCCGAAUGACAUCUUCUAACCAUCCCGCGCACAUCAUUGGCAACGUCUUUAUCCGAGUCCAGGCUGAAAAGGAUUUGAAAGCUGAACAACCAUCAACCUCUGACACACAAGAAGCUCAUGUUUCCAAACUUGCAUGUUCUCUUCCAAAUUUUGGAAACACUGUUAUUCCUAAACAGAUGCUAGUAAGUAAUUUCAGACCUUGGCAAGCUCAUCUUGAAAGGAUCUGUGAUUUCUUAUUAGCAGGUGAAGGAAUUUGGUGGAGAACAUGCAACAAUGGUGACAUUGAGUUUCUUGAUGCGAAGGGAAAUCCUGAAGCAGUUCCUCAAGGACCGACCUUGCACCAUUUCUGCUCCAGCAACUUUAAAAAAGAGGAAGCUUACUUAAAGCACUGUUGGCAAACAUGCUUAAAGAAAAAAAUAGAAAUGCCAGUCAAAGUACUUCAGAUUGAAAAUGCCGAAGGUAACAUGGUAUUUAUGGAUACAAACCAGGAGAGGGAAGGUAUGGAAGUUGGAUGUGCAGGGAGGGCCAUCGUUGGUCAAGGUUGUAUGCCAGAAAGUGAAGAUAUUGGUGUUGUUGAUGAGAGUGUGGUUGGAUGUGAUGCAGUAGUUGGUUGUGAUGCUGAGUUAGGUUGUGAUGCUGUGGUUGCAGGUGGUGAUGACGUGGUUGGUUGUGAUGAUAUUGUAGAAACAGGUGAGCUAGAAGUGGAUGUUGAAUAUAAUGUAAGGUUAGUUGAGGUUUCUGAAGAUAAUGUUGUUUGUUUUGAGAAUGAUCAUCAGGGUGAAGCUAAUGAAACUGGUUCAAAUUCUGAAGCAAACACUAUGGAACCAAAAAAUAGGGAUAAAGGUACUGGUACCAAUAUUUGUAUUACAUUACUGUGAUAAUUAUUGUUCUAUUAUCUACAAAUAGCCUUAAGUUAAAUAGCUAUUUUAAUUCAAUAAUCGGGUGUGAAUAUUUCUUUGCCUACUUUAAUUAAACACAUUUGGUCUUGUUUAUUUCUAGGAGACGAUAUGAAACAGACAGCACAGACAAAACAAGGACAAAAAUUAGGAUAUAUUUUGGGACUGACCGAGGAUGUGUUGCAGUUUGAUAAGGCAAGAAAAGAAUUACGGGCUUCACCCCAAAACACGGAACUCAUAAACAAAUACUUACACGUCUUACCAGUCAUGGAAACCAAGUUACUGCACGAACAGACUAACAUCAAACAACAGCUGAAGAACAUCGAGCGGCAACACGUUCAUAAGAAUGGUACACUACUGACAACGAAAACCUUGUUAAAAGAUCCAACUUCGAAACUGCUGAUGGACAAAUUGAAAUACUGUAAAGCCUUAACGGAUCAGUGGAAAGUAGAAAGAAAAUGA